GACCUACGUAACACCCUGCUGCAGCGGAGGCCCCCUAUGAUACUUCAGGCUCUGGUAUGACAGAUUUGAGUCAUACAAAUCCAGCUUCUCCUCUGGCAUCUGGGAUCCAGCUCAGUUGCAGCUCACUCCACCUCGGCAGUGGUCUUGCAGUCCUCUCAGAGCGCAGGCAAGAGAGCUUCACUCUGAGAGAUGGUGGCAGCAAAGAACUCUCCAGACAACUGUGAAGACUGUCACUUUCUAGAUGGGGAGACACCCAAAUCCAAGAAAAAGAUCUGCAGGACGCUAAAGAUUGGGGGACUGGUCUUUGGGAUCCUGGCACUUUCCCUCACUCUCAUCUUUUUAGGGGGAAAGCACUUCUGGAACCUGGAACCCCAGAAGAUCUAUGAUGUAGAGCAUACAUACUUCAGCAAUGGGGAGAAGAAAAAGAUCUUGAUGGAAAUUGACCCCAUAACCAAAACAGAGAUAUUCCGAAGCGGAAAUGGCAGUGACGAGACAUUGGAAAUCCAUGACUUUAAAAAUGGCUACACUGGUAUCUUCUUCGCUGAGCUCCAAAAAUGCUUCCUGAAAACUCAGAUUAAAGUCAUUCCUGAUUUCGAUGAAACUGAGAUGGAAGAUGCUGAGAAUGAUGAAAUCACCACCACUACUUUGAGCAAUCUAUGGUUUGGAUUCCCGGAGGAAAAGCCUAUUGAAAACAAAGACUUCCUGAAAGGCUCCAAGAUCUUUGAGGUGUGCCAGAAUGUGAGCAUACACUGGAUAUCCCCAUUUGUCGUCUCAGCUUCUGAAUUUCAGGACUUUGAAGGAGGAAAUGAAAACGUCCACUUUCUCACAAACCGAAAAAGUGGGAUCGAUGUCAAUGAGCAGUGGAUGGACCCAGAAGUGAAACCUGGGAAGAAACGCCAGAGCCGACAGCUGGCGGAAGAGGAUCUCCCAGUGAACGACUAUACCGAAAAUGGAGUCGAAUUUGACCCCAUGCUGGAUGAAAGAGGUUAUUGUUGUAUUUACUGUCGUCGGGGUAACCGCUAUUGCAGCCGGGUGUGUGAGCCUUUACUGGGCUUCUACCCCUACCCGUACUGCUACCAAGGUGGAAGGGUCAUCUGUCGGGUUAUCAUGCCUUGUAACUGGUGGGUGGCGCGCAUGUUGGGGAGGGUCUAGUGCCAAACUUAGGCACCAUGUAAGUAAGCCAAGCCACGAUAUCCAAGUGUAACCCAAUGAAUUGAUGCCCAUGAGGCGCUUGGCGACUUGGCCCCUACCACUAUUACGUAGUUACCUUCUUAUUACUCUCAUGUAAAUGCAUGUGUCAUCAAUGGCCUGAUUCCUGCCAAACACUCUCCAUGUAUCAGGGCAGAAGGUCCUGCCUACCCGCCUGCCCACCCCCAAAUGGUAGAGAGCUGUCUUAACCAGGCAAGCUCAGCAGAACAGCUGCAAAUAGGUUGGGUCCAGCAACCAGCUGGGGAGAGGAUGGAGGAAGGGAGGGCAGGCAGGCAGGAUUCCCAAAUAUUGCCUUUUCCAAUGCUGUAUGGAGAAUGCGGAAAUGAAAGGCUGAUAAUAAAAUAUUACUGUAGCUGACUCAUAAAAA